GCCGGCUGCGCCCUUGCCGCUGCCUCGCCACUGCUUUUCGGCUCCGACAUGGAAGAUGGAUCUUCUAACAGUACGAGCUGCUUCCGAAGGCUGACCGAGUGUUUCCUGAGCCCCAGCUUGACAGAUGAAAAGGUGAAGGCAUACCUAUCUCUUCAUCCCCAGGUGUUAGAUGAGUUUGUGUCCGAAAGUGUUAGUACAGAGACUGUAGAGAAAUGGCUGAAGAGGAAAAACAACAAACUUGAAGGUGACUCAGCUCCUAAGGAAGUCAGCAGGUACCAAGACACAAAUAUGCAAGGAGUUGUAUAUGAACUGAACAGCUACAUUGAGCAGCGGCUGGACACAGGUGGAGACAACCAGUUGCUCCUCUAUGAGCUGAGUAGCAUCAUCAAAGUAGCCACAAAAGCUGAUGGAUUUGCACUGUACUUCCUUGGAGAGUGCAAUAACAGUCUGUGUGUGUUCACACCCCCUGGAGUAAAGGAAGGAAAGCCCAGGCUCAUCCCUGCGGGGCCCAUAACCCAGGGCACUACCGUCUCUGCUUAUGUGGCCAAGUCCAGGAAAACACUGCUUGUAGAGGACAUCCUUGGGGAUGAGCGAUUUCCAAGAGGUACUGGACUGGAAUCAGGGACUCGCAUCCAGUCUGUUCUCUGCUUGCCAAUUGUCACUGCGAUUGGUGAUUUGAUUGGCAUUCUCGAGCUCUACCGGCACUGGGGCAAGGAAGCCUUCUGCCUCAGCCACCAGGAGGUUGCAACAGCAAAUCUUGCUUGGGCUUCUGUAGCAAUACAUCAGGUGCAGGUAUGCAGAGGUCUUGCCAAACAGACUGAAUUGAAUGACUUUCUACUAGAUGUGUCAAAAACAUAUUUCGAUAACAUAGUCGCAAUAGAUUCCCUACUUGAACACAUAAUGAUAUAUGCAAAAAACCUGGUGAAUGCCGAUCGUUGUGCACUUUUCCAGGUAGACCAUAAGAACAAGGAGUUGUACUCAGAUCUUUUUGAUAUUGGAGAGGAAAAGGAAGGAAAACCCGUCUUCAAGAAGACCAAGGAGAUAAGAUUUUCUAUUGAGAAAGGAAUUGCUGGUCAAGUGGCAAGAACAGGAGAAGUCCUGAACAUCCCGGAUGCCUAUGCAGAUCCACGCUUCAACAGAGAAGUGGAUCUGUACACCGGCUACACCACCAGGAAUAUCCUGUGCAUGCCUAUUGUGAGCAGAGGAAGUGUCAUUGGUGUGGUGCAGAUGGUAAACAAAAUCAGUGGCAGUGCCUUCUCCAAAACAGAUGAGAACAACUUCAAGAUGUUCGCUGUCUUCUGUGCCCUGGCCUUACACUGUGCUAAUAUGUACCAUAGAAUUCGUCACUCAGAGUGCAUUUACCGGGUCACUAUGGAAAAGCUGUCCUACCAUAGCAUUUGCACCGCGGAAGAGUGGCAAGGCCUCAUGCACUUCACGCUGCCUCUACGACUCUGCAAAGAAAUUGAACUAUUCCACUUUGACAUUAGUCCUUUUGAAAAUAUGUGGCCUGGAAUCUUUGUCCAUAUGGUUCAUCAGUCCUGUGGGGCAUUCUGUUUUGACCUUGAGAAGUUGUGCCGGUUUAUUAUGUCUGUGAAGAAGAACUACCGGCGAGUGCCGUACCACAACUGGAAGCACGCAGUCACAGUGGCCCACUGCAUGUACGCCAUCCUGCAGAACAACUACAGCCUCUUCACUGAGCUCGAGCGCAAAGGGCUCCUAAUUGCCUGCCUGUGUCAUGACCUGGACCACAGGGGCUUUAGUAACUCCUAUCUACAGAAAUUUGACCACCCGCUGGCAGCACUCUACUCCACUUCCACCAUGGAGCAGCAUCACUUCUCUCAGACCGUAUCCAUCCUGCAGUUGGAAGGGCACAACAUCUUCUCCGCCCUGAGCUCCAGUGAGUACGAGCAGGUGCUGGAGAUCAUCCGAAAAGCCAUCAUCGCCACGGAUCUUGCUUUGUACUUUGGAAACAGGAAACAGUUGGAAGAAUUGUACCAGACCGGAUCGCUAAAUCUUCUUAAUCAGUCACAUAGAGAUCGUGUAAUCGGCUUGAUGAUGACAGCCUGUGACCUUUGUUCUGUGACAAAACUGUGGCCAGUUACAAAAUUGACGGCAAAUGAUAUAUAUGCAGAAUUUUGGGCAGAGGGUGAUGAAAUGAAGAAACUGGGAAUACAACCCAUACCUAUGAUGGACAGAGACAAGAAAGAUGAAGUUCCACAAGGCCAGAUCGGAUUCUACAAUGCUGUCGCCAUCCCCUGCUACACUACGCUGGCCCAGAUCCUGCCUCCCACAGAGCCGCUGCUCAAAGCCUGCAGGGAUAAUUUGAGUCAGUGGGAGAAGGUGAUUCGAGGGGAGGAGACUGGACUGUGGAUCUCUACCCAGGCUGCCACAGCGGAGGGUGCCUCUGAGAAGCAUCCUGUGAAGACCCAGGAGUGAUGGUCAUGGACCAGACGUCCCACUCAGCGGUUCUCAUCCUGCUUCUUUGGCACUUUCUCCUUUUAGUUUUGACUGGGAAAACCUACACCUGGUGACUGGAGUGCAAACUCUUGAAGAAGGGAACAUUGAUAUGUCUGUGGAGCAGCCAGCUUCCUGCCAGGCUCAUGACACAUGAACAGACAGUGAGCAGCCAGGACCGCUCUGUGUUAGACGUCCACAGGCCAGCAACUCCACCGGACUCUUGAGCACCCUUUGUAACAGGCUAAACUUGUGGAAGCCUUACUGGGAAGGAAAAGAGAUAACUCUGAAGGGUACUCUCCCUGUGAAUUUCCACAAGGGUGUAAAUGGUACUACUCUAGUAUUGUACUUUGGGUUUAACACCAAUGUUGCUUUGUUCUUAUUGGUUAUAAAUAGGUUCUUUUACACAUUACUGUUGUGAAUGUUCAUGUGUGGUCUCCUUUUGGUUAACUUGAGUUGUAGCCCACAGCCACAGGACAGCGUCACAAAGGGGACAGAGUAAGAAGUGAUAGGAAAGGGUAAAAUUCUUGUUGCACAGCUUCAUGAUUUCAGGUGGAUCAGAGCACAUUCUCUUAGGUGCAUUUUAGCAGAGGGUGCAGGCAAGUCCCUUGCACACUAAAGGACGUGGAUUUGUCCUGUGAAGAGGUGCAGGUGUGCAUCACCAGAAAUCUCAGCACUUCCACUCUUUGUUCAUAAGAUGUCAAGGAAUUUUCCAAACUUUCUUCUUCAUUGUAGCUGUGGCAAAUUUACUGAACCCUUUGCAUAAAGAACCAAAUAAAAGCAAGGUAUACUAUUUUUUUAAACAGGUCUUGUCAAUAUCAAAUGUGAACUUUUAAUAAUGAUUCUAUUUCUAUUUUCAUUUUGCGUCAUCGUAACAUUUUUGACUCAUGUUCAAAAUAAAAGGUUUAUCCUAAGUCACCAUACAUUUCUCUUUAAAUCAUAUUACAGUAUCAAGUGUGAUGUAGUUUACUGUACACAGCUGCAUUAGUCCCAUUUUGUCCCUCUUGUCCACUGUUCCAUCAUGCUUGGGUCGGUACUCCACAGCCAGCCCAAGGAGGCAGCAGUAUCACCACAAAAUCCCUAAUUCCUGUCCCCUUUUACUCUUCUCACACAUAAAACAUCUGCAUAGGAGCUACAUCUUGGCAGAUUAACACCACUGUGCAAUAUUAGUAUAAAGUCGAGUAAAGCCCACGACAGAAUCAUCUGGCUCUCCUCUGCAAGCAUCCCGAGUUACUUCUGGCAAGCACUGCCAGGCUUGUUGCAGUAUUGCACUGAUUUCCUGACUCUGCACUUGGUUCUCAUCUGAAGGAAUCAGAGUGGCAGACCAAGCCACAGCAAAGAACUUGUUCCUGUUCUCAUGGCAGAAAUAUUAACAUCAACAAUAUAAUUUUAACGUGACAUUUCUGCAGACUCAAUACUGUACACAUUGCUAUCCACAUGAACUUUGUAUUUGCAAGAUUGAGGUUUCUACAGCAUGUUUUGUUUAUGCUGUAGAGAGGUGGCUAUAGACAACAGUAUUCUUAUUUUAGAUUAACACAGUGUUCAGUUUCCAUAGGGGCUUCUAAGGUUGCCAUCUUCCCUACACGGAGCUCCACUGUAACUAUAUAAUAUGGAAUAAAACAAUGAUGAGUGAAGGUCUGUACACACAUGUAUGUAGGCACACAUAGAUGUAUAUAUGAUGCACAUUUGUGUACGAGGACAUACACCUGUAUGUAUAUGAUACACACAUAUGAUACAUACACAUAUGAAACAGGGAGAAAAAAGCAAACCUAUGAAGCAUAAAAGUCACCCCUCCAUCCCCAAGCAGUGGUUUUUGUGUUAGGACAUGGCUAAUGCUUGAUUAUAAGUGGCUACAGGGUGUCAUUUUUGCAUUAGUGCAUUCAUAAGACUGAUUCUAGUAAGUUGCAUAUUUUCCCCCUACAAAUUUAUGAAAUGGAUCCCACCACAUACAAUUUGAUUCACACAAGUUAAUCAUCUAAGUUAAGCUGGAAACUGAAUUUCAGAAGGGGUAUUAAACAUUGCUUAAGUAAAAGGGUUUUAAAAGAAUGUGUGAAUUGUGCUUCUUUAUAUGGAGCAGAACAAUAAUGGUGAAAAUCGCUUGGCUUCUUUGCAUCUCGAAGUUGCUGAGCUAAUAAGAAUA